AUGGCCGUCACUAAUGGCGACCGCACGCUCGGGACUUGUGUCUUAGGCAAUAUUGAGCAGCUUAAUGGAAGCAACUAUGCUUCAUGGAAGGAGAAGCUGGAAAUCACUCUAGCUCUGCUGGAUAUUGAUUAUGCCCUCCAUAAGGAUCCUCCGGUUGAGCCUAAACCAGAGGAUGAAAAUUUUCAAGUCCUGAAAAAGGAAUAUGAUGAAGAAAAGUCUGCCAGGGAUUAUCUUACUAAGAUUGAGAAGCAAUUCAAAGGCUCCUCUAAAGCUUAUGCCACCACCCUCAUCAAAAGGUUGGUGGGUGAAAAAUAUGAUGCUACUGGCAGUCUAAGGGAGCACAUUAUGAAGAAAUAUCACAUGGCUUCCAAGCUUAAGUCAAUGGAGAUGGAAAUCUAUGAUGGUUUUCUUGUCCAUUUCAUUAUGUCAUCACUGCCCCAGGAGUUCUCUCCAUUUGUGAUCAACUACAACUCUAUGAAAAUAAAGUGGGGUAUUGAUGAGUUGAUUGCCAUGUGUGUGCAAGAAGAAGAAAGACUUAAGGCAGAAAAGAUUGAUCAUGCUAAUCAAUUCAAGCAUUCUGAAAAGAAAAGGUGCAACAAUUCACGUUGCAAACUCUUUACUGGGAUUCGCUACGAGGAGGACCCUAAGAAGAGGGGAAAGAAGAAUUAG